UUUGCUAAUUAUCCAAACGGAACUUUUGACAAACCAUUGUAAGUUCCUACCGGACACUUUAGGCAGACGUACUGAUUUGCCGUGAACUUCCAACAACCGAAGUGUCUACCUCGCUGUAAGCCAACAUGAACGUGAACCAGGGGACGGUGGGAAGCGACCCGGUCAUUCUGGCCACGGCUGGAUACGACCACACUGUCCGCUUCUGGCAGGCCCACAGCGGGAUCUGCACCAGGACAGUCCAGCACCAGGACUCUCAAGUAAACUCACUCGAGGUCACACCUGACAGAAGUAUGAUUGCAGCUGCAGGUUAUCAACACAUCCGCAUGUACGACCUGAACUCCAACAACCCGAACCCUGUGAUCAACUACGAUGGAGUCAGCAAAAACAUCACAUCGGUGGGCUUCCAUGAAGACGGACGCUGGAUGUACACAGGGGGAGAAGACUGCAUGGCGCGCAUAUGGGACCUGAGGUCAAGAAAUCUACAGUGUCAGAGGAUCUUCCAAGUGAAUGCUCCAAUAAACUGCGUGUGUUUACAUCCCAACCAGGCAGAGCUGAUUGUUGGGGACCAGAGCGGAGUGAUCCAUAUCUGGGAUCUGAAGACUGACCACAACGAGCAGCUGAUUCCCGAGCCAGAGGUCUCAGUCAACUCCGUCCACAUCGACCCAGACGCCAGCUACAUGGCGGCAGUCAAUAGCUCGGGAAACUGUUAUGUGUGGAACCUCGCUGGAGGCAUGGGUGAUGAAGUGACUCAGCUCAUUCCAAAGACCAAGAUCCCCGCACACAAACGCUACUCCCUCCGCUGCAAGUUCAGCCCCGACUCUACACUGUUGGCCACCUGCUCCGCAGAUCAGACCUGCAAGAUCUGGAGGACGUCCAAUUUCUCUCUGAUGACAGAGCUGAGCAUAAAGAGCAACAAUCCCGGAGAGACGUCUAGAGGCUGGAUGUGGGACUGUGCUUUCUCUGGAGACUCUCAGUAUAUUGUUACAGCGUCCUCGGACAACCUGGCUCGCCUCUGGUGCGUGGAGACCGGCGAGAUCAAGAGGGAGUACAGCGGCCACCAGAAGGCCGUGGUGUGCCUGGCCUUCAACGACAGCGUGCUCGGCUGAGGAGGAGGAGGAAGUGGACUAAAAAGAUGUCGCAACAGGUGGCGGCGGGCAGCGGUUGUUGCAGACAUGAGACCAGACUUUUGGAGGGUGUGACUCAAUUCCCUGAGGGUUCGCAUUUGUGCCGGUGUCAGUGGAAAUUAUUUAAAAAUGGUCGUCUGGGAAAACCACAGGCUUGUGCGAGGACAUGACAGUUUCCAGGAGGUAUGCGAAACAUAACAAAAUAUAAAUUCAAAAAGUAAAAAGAUUUUCAGUUUAUGUGAAGUCACUACAUUUCCUAUAGCUGCAGCUUCAUAUUAAAAGCAUUUACCUGGCAAUACAAAGGUUGACUUUUAUUGUGAAGUAGUGUUUUGUCAGUGAGCUUAGCACUUGCUGCAAAGGAUCAUCAAAAAUGCGUCUAGAAAACAAGAAACUGUUCUUUUUUUGACUCCAGAUCAGCCAGCGAUUAGAUGAAGAGCUGAACACCUACAGCUUCUAUCAGAACAGUUUCUCAUUUCUUAGAUGGAUUCAAAUCUGUUUUUACUAAUAUUUACUGCAUCAGAAGGACCACGUUAUUUUGUUAUCUUUGUUCUUGCCUGUGCCAUAGCACCGAUUCGUCUUGUUUUCUCCAGUUUGUGCAUUAUAUACUCUUUAUUUUAACUUAAGUUCCAAGUUGUGCUGUUCUUAAUAAUCAAGUGUGGUUUAGGAAAUGUUGAAAAUAAGUGUCAAGUCUUUUCCUGCCACCUUCUUUUCAUACUAAUGAAGAAUUGUGCAAAAAAUC